CGCUGUGUGUUAUGCAAUGCGCAGCUAACGGGGGGAGACGGAGAGCGACAUCGCGCACGUGUUCCCGAACAGCAGCAGUAGCUCGCGGCUCACAGCGCGCAGCAGCUCGGGGAGGGAGCUCAGAGCCGAAGCGUGGGAAGAGCACAGUAUGGGGCAGUGAUGGCGGCAGCGGAGUGUUACAUCGUUCACGAGAUCUACAACGGCGAGAAUGCGCAGGAGCAGUUCGAGUAUGAGCUGGAGCAGGCCCUGGAGGCGCAGUACCGCUACAUCGUGAUAGAGCCAACACGGAUCGGCGAUGAGACGGCCCGCUGGGUGGCCGUGGGGAACUGCCUGCACAAGUCGGCCGUGCUGGCAGGAGCCGCCUGCCUCCUGACGCCGCUGGCCCUCCCUGCUGACUACUCGCGCUAUGUGGCGCUGCCGGCGGGGGCGCUGAGCCUGGCCUGCGCCGCUCUCUACGGCAUCUCCUGGCAGUUCGACCCGUGCUGCAAGUAUCAGGUGGAGUACGACAGCCAGAAGCUGUCUCGGCUGCCCCUGCACACGCUCACUUCCUCCACGCCCGUGGUGCUGGUGCGGCGGGACGACGUGCACAGAAAGAGACUGCACAACACGAUAGCGCUGGCCGCCCUGGCUUACUGCGUCAAGAAGAUCUACGAACUGUACUCUGUAUGAAUGAGGCACCGCUGCACAUACACACUGACGCGAACAUACACACGAUACUGAUACAACAUCUCACACAACAUCGCGCGCACACACUGGCAGGGAGGUCAGAAACACUACUAAAUACAAACAGACACACAAGCGAAAUGGAAACAGGCAGACAGGUGCACGGGCGGAGAGAGAACGGUCGUGGAGGCGGGGAAAAAAGGAAUAAAUGGAACGAAAUGAAAAAUCAGCGCUCUCCCAGACGCUCGUUCCCCUCUGUGCUCUCAAACGGUGGAAGAGUGGAUGACCGGGACAGGACGGGAGGGUGACCGGACCUAAUGACAAGAAGACGGGACAGCUCAGGGGGUCUAUGGUAAAAUUAGAAGCAAGAUUCUUUCCCCUCUGUUUUUUAUUUUAGUGACAUCACCAAUGCACUCGACUUCCAUCUCCCCCGGUCCCUCGGUGCCCUCCCAGCCUCGCCCCGCCCUGCUGCGCACGCUGAGCCCCCCGCACAUGGGCAGUGACCCGUCGGACUGCGAGUGUGUGCUGGACAGGCCAACAGACAGACAUGUUUUAAGUAUGACCUUUGAGCCCUGUCUCCCCAAUCCUCCCCGUGUAGUUUUACUGUACCCUGCCUUGGCGCAUCACCUUUUCAUUAAACAGUAGGAGAUUUAACCUCAA